UGAGAUUAUUACAGAAAAUACUUUGAUAUUAUUAGAAAUUGAUAGGGAUAAUUUUAUUAGUGAGGUCAUCAUUCCAGAAAUGGGUAUACAACUAAUUAUGGAAGAUUUAAAUGUCGAUUAUGAAUUAGGUAUUGAGAUUCGUGAAUUUAGUUCUGAAUAUGGUUCGGUACAUUUUAUCGGUAAUGAAAAUCUUUCGUACAGUUCUGUGGGAAUGGAUGCAUUUAUGGAUAAGGUAACUAAGAAGCUUAUGGAUGAUCCAAGUAAAGAUACGGAGUAA